AGAUUGUGCGGCGCUCCACUCAAAAUCUCUGUGGUAUCUGAGAGAGAGAGAGAGAGAGAGAGGGAGAGAGAGAGAUAGAGAUGGCGUCAGAUCUGGACCGGCAGAUAGAGCAGCUGAAGCGAUGCGAGCCGUUGAAAGAGUCAGAGGUGAAGGCUCUCUGCCUCAAAGCCAUGGAAAUCCUCGUCGAGGAAUCCAACGUCCAAAGGGUUGACGCCCCCGUCACGAUAUGUGGCGACAUCCAUGGACAGUUUUAUGACAUGAAAGAGCUAUUCAAAGUGGGAGGUGAUUGCCCAAAGACGAAUUAUUUGUUUCUAGGAGAUUUUGUUGACAGGGGCUUCUAUUCUGUCGAAACAUUUCUGCUUCUACUAGCUCUUAAGGUGAGGUAUCCAGAUCGGAUAACUCUCAUACGUGGGAAUCAUGAGAGUCGGCAGAUUACACAGGUAUAUGGAUUCUAUGACGAGUGCCUUCGUAAAUACGGCUCUGUAAACGUGUGGAGAUAUUGCACGGAUAUAUUUGAUUACUUGAGUCUUUCAGCACUCAUUGAAAACCGAGUUUUUAGUGUCCAUGGUGGUCUCUCUCCUGCCAUCACUACAUUAGAUCAGAUUCGAACCAUCGACCGGAAGCAAGAAGUACCUCAUGACGGUGCUAUGUGUGACCUUCUAUGGUCAGAUCCUGAGGACAUAGUCGAUGGUUGGGGUUUAAGUCCUCGAGGGGCUGGCUUCCUGUUUGGGGGGAACGUGGUCAGUUCUUUUAACCACUCAAAUAGCAUUGAUUACAUUUGCCGGGCACAUCAAUUGGUGAUGGAGGGAUAUAAGUGGAUGUUCAACAACCAGAUUGUAACAGUCUGGUCAGCUCCAAAUUACUGUUACAGAUGUGGUAAUGUGGCUGCGAUUCUCGAGCUGGACGAGAAUCUGAACAAGCAGUUCCGCGUCUUUGAAGCAGCCCCACAUGAAUCUAGAGGGGUUCCCUCCAAAAAACCCGCACCAGACUACUUCCUCUGAUACUACGCCAAAUCAGAGAAGAAACUGCGCUCCUCUCCUUAAUUGAAGACCUCCCACGAGGUCUUCAGAAAUUGCUCGCUUGAUUGCCAAAAGGUAUUCUUACGGUGGGCUGGUGCUAUGCAAGAACAGCUCCUCGGAUGGUAUGUCGGAGUGUCACAGAUCUUUUCAGGUCAUACGUCAGUUUGCAUUGGCAGGUUUUUUUAAUGCUUUUUUCUUUUCUUUUCUUUUUCUUUUUUGCCUUUUUUCUGUGUAAGAAUGCAAAUGUAUUCUAAUACAUGUUUGUUUCCAAUGGGGAUUGAAACAUCAUAGAGGAAGCCUCCCCAACCCCAUCUGCUGUAGCUGAAGAAAGGCAUGUUGUGGAGUGAGUUGGGUUUCAUCAUUUCUAUAAGAAUGGUAAGAUGAGGCAUUUGGCUGUGGGUCCAUCUGCUGAUGAAACAUUCGAAUUUUUUCCACUUU